GCGCUCACUAGGUUGAUGUCUGGCUGUGGACGGUGGCUCCGGGGGCUGGUGGUCGACCCGGCCGCGAGCAGCUGGGCCCGGCCGCCGGCCCGCGGGUUCCGGGAAGUGGUGGAGUGCCAAGAGGGGAAGACAACUAUCGUAUUUGGGUUAUAUCCGGCAAUGCACAGGGGUUACUCCUGGCUCUGCACUCAGGAAUUACUCCUGAGGUGCUUGGAGGACCAUAUGUGAUGCCGGGGAUCAAACCCAGGUCCGUCACAUGCAAGAUCGAAGGCCGGAUCACGGAGACUCCCCGGGAAACCCCCAACCCUCCUAACCCUUCUGGCCAGUGCCCCAUCUGCCGGUGGAACCUGAAACACAAAUACACCUACGAGGAUGUUCUGCUGCUGAGUCAGUUCAUCCGGCCCCACGGAGGGAUGUUGCCCCGGGGCAUCACGGGCCUGUGCCGCGAGGAGCACCGCAAGAUCGAGGAGUGUGUGAAGAUGGCCCACCGUGCGGGUUUGCUGCCGAACCACAGGCCUCGACUCCCUGAAGGCUUCGUCCCGAAGAGCAAACCAAAACUCAACCGGUACCUGACCCGUUGGUCCACCCGGUCCGUCAAGCCCAUCUACAAUAAAGGCCACCGCUGGAACAAGGUGCGCAUGGCUGUGGGGUCUCCCCUCCUCAGAGACAAUGUCUGCUACGCUCCGAGACCCCUGGCGUUCUAUCAGUGAUCGGCGCAGAGCCCUGCACCCUGCCCCUCCAACACGGACAGCAUGAGGGACCCCGCGGCCAUCUCCAGUGGCUCGCUGCUGUACUCUUGUAACGGCCUCAGACAGCACUCGGUGCGGAGGACAGUCUUGCCCCAGGCGCUUAUAAACUAGCCUUCCGAA